AUGUCUGUCCAGCAGCCGCCGCAAGAUAUCACAAUGGUGGCUGUUGACAAAGACAAGAACAGUCGUCAUGCCUUCCGAUGGGCACUUAAUCAUCUUUACAACCCAGUCAUCAUCGCAGUCCAUGUCAAGCACAAAAACAUUCCUAAUCGUAGGUACCCUUUUAUCUUUCACAUAUAUAAUAUAACAUAUGCAGAGGGCACGAAUGUUUUCCCACCUGACGAAGAGGAUGUAGCCAAUAUUUUCAAUACCUUACGUGGAAUGUGUGAUCGUAAAUCUGUCAAGAUGAAAGAAGCUGUAAUCGAUGAUAGUGAUGUUGUUAGAGGACUUUUAGAAUUUGCAAACAGGAAUGUCAUACAUAGUAUUGUUAUCGGUGCAUCGACCGUGAACCCUUUGCAAAGUCUGAAAAAGUCUAAAGGCUAUAGUGAUAUACCAACAGCCAUCAUCAAAUCAGUCCCGGAUUAUUGCUAUGUAUACAUAAUUUCCAAAUUGAAGAUUGUAUCAGCUCGACCAGCAAUAAUACGACCAAUGGCAAAAACAUUUAUCCCACCAAACUUGCAGGCAUUUCCACCCAGUGAAUCAGAAAAUGUAGUAAGGGCACAAGAGCUUAGAAGUGGGGGCGUCAACGAAGGACCAGAAGCAAAGGCCUUUGAGAAGAGCAAUGAUGCAGUUAGAACACAGGUACGCGAGAGGCAAAGGAGUGCAGGAAGUAAUCUGUCCAUCGAGAAAAUUGAUCUAUCUGGUCGGCGGCAUCGGUCAAUGGAUGACAGAGUCAUUUCAGAACUUGUGUCAAUGGAUGUAACUAAAGAAGAUCUAGAUGCCCUUGGGACAUCGUCAGCUUCCCAAUCCUCAGGAAGAGCAAAAGAACUUGAAGCUGAGAUGAAAAAAUUGAGGCUUGAACUGAAGCAAACUAUGAAAAUGUACAGCUCAGCUUGCAAACAAGCAAUAUCAGCCAAAACACAGGCUGAACAGAUUCGUCAAUGGAAACUGGAAGGGGAACGUAAGGUUGAAGAAGUUUGGUUAUCUCACGAGGCAGCUCUUGCAAUGGCAGAAAAGGAGAAGGCUAGAGCCAAAGCUGCAUUGGAUGCAGCUGAGGAAGCCAAGAAGAUGGCUGAACAGGAAGCCCAGAGAAGAAAGGAUGUAGAGAUGAAGGCCAGGAAAGAGACAGAAGAGAGGGAUCAGGCAUUUCAAAAUGACAAUCAAUACAGAAAAUACACCAUAGAGGAGAUUGAAGCAGCUACUCAAAAGUUCUCUCCAUCAAAGAAAGUAGGUGAAGGUGGAUAUGGACCCGUGUACAAAGCCCAACUUGACCACACCCCAGUUGCAAUCAAAAUUUUAAAUCCUAAUGCUACUCAGGGCUGGAAGCAAUUCCAUCAAGAGAUUGAGGUUCUAAGCUGCAUUAGACAUCCGAAUAUGGUCCUCCUCCUUGGUGCCUGUCCUGAGCACGGGUGCUUGGUGUAUGAAUACAUGGAUAAUGGCAGCUUAGAAGAUAGACUAUUUCGGAAAGGUAACAGCCCUCCGAUUUCAUGGAGGAAACGGUUCCAAAUAGCUGCUGAGAUUGCAAUUGCACUCCUUUUCCUUCACCAAACAAAGCCAGAGCCCAUUGUGCACCGUGACCUUAAACCAGCUAACAUUCUUUUGAACAGGAAUUACGUGACUAAAAUAAGUGAUGUUGGUCUGGCACGAUUAGUCCCUCCUUCUGUAGCUGAUACUGUCACACAAUAUUACAUGACUUCAGCUGCUGGAACCUUUUGCUAUAUUGAUCCUGAGUAUCAACAAACAGGAAUUUUAACAACAAAAUCAGAUAUUUAUUCAUUGGGGAUAAUGCUACUGCAGAUAAUCACUGCCAAGCCUCCCAUGGGGCUUGCACACCAUGUCAGGAGGGCAAUUAAAAAGGAUAAGUUUCCAGAGAUUCUUGACCCUGUGGUAACUGAUUGGCCAGUUGAAGAGGCUCUAUCAUUUGCCAAAUUAGCAUUGAGCUGUGCAGAGCUCAGCAAGAAGGACAGGCCAAGUCUUGCAACAGUUGUAUUGCCAGAGCUUAACCGCUUAAGUGACCUUGGAUGUAAUUUACGCAAUAAUCAAGUCAUUAGCAGUGAUGAUCAGAGCAAGAGCCAAGCCACACUUCCUCCCACACCUACACUAAGUCAACUGUCAAAGACGCUCACUAGGAGCUAG